AUGGCCAACUCGGGCCUGCAGCUCCUGGGCUUCGCCAUGGCCCUGCUAGGCUGGGUGGCCCUGCUGGCCUGCACCGCCAUUCCGCAGUGGCAGAUGAGCUCGUUCGCGGGCGACAACAUCAUCACGUCCCAGGCCAUGUACAAGGGCCUGUGGAUGGAGUGCGCCAUACAGAGCACGGGCGUGAUGAACUGCAAGAUCUACGACUCGGUGCUCGCCCUGCCGGCGUCUUUGCAGGCUACUCGAGCCCUCAUGGUCGUGUCCCUGGUGCUGGGCUUCAUGGCCAUGAUCGUGGCCACGAUGGGCAUGAAGUGUACCAACUGUGGGGGAGAUGACAAAGUAAAGAAGGCCCGAAUAGCCAUGACCGGAGGUAUCAUUUUUAUCGUGGCAGGUCUUGCUGCCCUAAUAGCUUGCUCCUGGUCUGGUAACCAGAUUGUCAGAGACUUUUAUAACCCAUUGGUCCCUAUGAAUGUUAAGUUUGAGUUUGGCCCUGCCAUCUUUAUUGGCUGGGCAGGGUCUGCACUGGUCCUUCUGGGAGGUGGCCUGCUCUCUUGCUCCUGUCCCAGGAGUGAGAGCAAACCAGCAUACCAUGCACCCCGCUCCUACCCUAAACCCAACUCUGCUAAGGAGUAUGUGUGAACUGGGGGAUACCCUGAUCCCAGCCUGGCAGCCUGAGGGUAAGCAGUUACCUGAAAGGACAUGGAGCAGAGUUCAGCCUGUGGGCAGGGCGUGGAACCUCCCAAUCACUCCAGUCCCAA